AUGGAUUUGCCCGAUGUGGUGUCUUUAAGAAAAUUUAAAGAGUUUUCUAAACCUCAAAAAGAAGAACUUUUCGAGACCUUAUUGGAGCUGUCAGAGGCCAUAGAUGAAUUACCUAAAAAAUCAAUUCGAAAGACUUUGGAAUUGACAUUGGCCGUUUUGACAUACAAAGGUGAACAGGUCAGGGAGUUGGAAGAGCAAUUGGAAGCUAAAGAUAAAGACAAAUCCCAUCAUGACCGCUUAAUGGCUGAUAAUGAAAAACUAAAACGCAUGGUGGCCAAUUUGGAGGACGACAAACUAGAGUUUAAAAAUAAAACCAAGGAGUUAACGGAGGAAAUUUUUUCUUUGCAAAAACGUUUACGUGAGGCUGCCAAUGCUGAUGUCAGCGAUAAAGACUCUUCCGACCCCUUGUCCGAGCUGGAUAAACAAGAAACUCUUCUACGCAAUAUUAACACCAAGAAUAAACAUAUCAAACGUUUGCUGAGAGAAAUUGAGUCCCUACAAAAUCAAAACAUCGAACAAUCCAAAACGAUUUUAACCUUGGAAAAAGAUUUGAAACAUGGUAAAGAUAUAUUAUUAAAGUUUAAAGCCGACGUAACUUUAUUGGAAAGCGAGAAAAAGGCUCUCGCUGAUUCUAUGCAAGAUCUUAAUAUAGAAAUAAAACGUUUGGAGGGGAAUAUCACAUAUUUAGAAGAUGAACGAGAGAAAAGUGAGAACGAUUUGAAAGAGUUCAUAGAAAAGUUGGAGAAAAAAGCUAUGUCUUGGAAGAAAAUGUUGGAGGAGAAAGAUAAACAAUUAAAGAAAUUUAAAAGUAAAAAAGAAACAAAGCAAGAUAAUGACAGCCAGAAAGAAGAAGAAACAGAAACUAAAGAGGAAAGUGAGCAAUCAGAAGAACAGGAAGAGAUAAGUAAACUACAUCAUUCCUUAGAGUCCCGCGACAAACUUAUCGAACAAUUGGAGAGUAAAAUAAAAAUGAUGGCCGAGGAAAUGAUUACCUCCACCAAACUUAUGAAUAAACUAAGUGCGGAAAAAGAAGAAGAACGUAAUCCUCGUAAACUACGGCAGUGCUGUAAGUCAGUGGAAUUAGCUUUAAUGGCCAGCAAUGAAAAAUGUCAUGAACUCUCGGAAAUGCUGCAAAAAGCCGAAGAGGACAGUUGUCUCAAGGCCAAACAAGCUAUGGAAGCCACAAAAGCUUUGACAGCCUAUCAGAAGGGCGAAGACGGCCUAAUGCCGGCCUUAAGGAAAUGUUCUUCCUUGGAGAAUAAAUUGCAGUCAAGAGACAAGCAAAUCAGAGCUUUGGUCAUGGAAUUGAAUUCAAUGCAUGAAAUAGCUCAAGAGAAUACUUUGUUAAGAAAACGUCUAAAUAUACCGGAAGAUGUGGUUAUAACAGCCAAAAACUUGCAAGCCAAAGAGCGUAGCAAAGAGAAAAUGAUAGAGAAAUUAACAUUGAAACUGAGAGCAUCAGAGGAAAUGAGAUUACAAUUGAAAAUGGAAAAGUCAGAUUUAAGAAAGCAACUAUUGGACUUAAAACAAAAUACCAAUACGCCUUCCUCUCCAGAAGUGGAAGAAAAUAAAACUCCUAAGACCCCUAUAAAAACACACAACAAGUCUCCUAAAGCAAAAACAGAGCUGUAUUCAACAAGCUCUAUGGGGAAAGAAGUAGGUGAAGUAGAAGAUUCUUCCAAUUCAAGAGAAACCUCUUUGAUGGUAACUGUUUGUAGCCAGUGCCAAGGUAAUUUGAGAGUAGAACUACAGGAUUCAAAUGAUCAUGAUUUACAAGCCAAAUAUCAAGAAAUACUGCAAGAAAACGAUAUUUUAAGACAAGGAAUGUUGGAAAUUUUGGAAAAAUUAAGGGAAUAUGAUGAUUGUUCAGACAACAUUACCAUCGACAAUGUGAUGCUUUCUAGAUUAAUCCAGGCUUUAAAGUGUUCUAACUCUGCAUUUGAUACUCCCAAAAGGAUAAGAGAUCAAUUGGCUUUGAUACAGUCACGAGAAAAAGCUUUAGAAGAGCUUUUGCUAAAACAUAAACCUCAUGAGGAGGAAAGGGAAAUUGCUACUGAAGAUUUAAAUUCCAUAGAGAGUAUGCGUGAAGAUGGUGAGAUUAGAGACAUAGAAGAGCCUGUCUUGCAGCUGCCCGAGUAUUUAGAUACCUCUACCAGACCUACUACCCCCAACAAAAGUAUCAUUAUACCCAAUAUACCAGAAGAAGAAGGUGCCCCAGAUGCAGAUUCGGAACCCGAAACAUAUAUUUCUUUGCCCAAAAAACGUAAACUAGAAACCGAAUUGGAAGAACUUAAAAUCUUUAAGAAAUAUUAUGAAGAGCUUAAGCUGCAUAUGAAUGCCAAUGAAAUGGAAACUAUGCAAACUUGUGCUCAACUUACCGAACAAGUUGUUAACCAAGAGCUAGAGUUAAUGAGAGAACGCAGAAGUUAUGGAUAUAUGAGAGAGGAUUUUGACCAAAAUCUGUCGGCUUUAAAACAACUUGAAAUAUCAAGUAUUAAAACAGAGGCCCAGUUAAAGAAAGAAUUAUUGGAUAGUCAAGAAAUUGUAGAAAAACUCAAACAUGAUUUACAAAAUCAUAAAAAUGUGUAUGCCUAUACAACGGAAGACUAUAAAUGUUUGCAGCAAUCACUCAAUGAAAGUCAAAUGAAACUGGCCAUAGUUACAGAAGAGCUUUUGGCUGGCAAGCAGGAAUCGAAUAUAAAAAUUCCCGAACUUUGUAUGGAUUAUGGUAUAAUAAGAGACGAUUUACAAUUAGAAUUUAUAACACAACAGGAGUAUGAAGAGCAAAAACUAAUAGUCAAAGAGUUUGAGACACAGAAAUUGGAAAUGCUAAGAAAAACUACACAAUUGGAGUCACUAUUGGAAAUAGCUCAAGAGCAAAUAUCAUCACAGCAAAGGUUACUCAAUGAUAUCACUGAUAAUCAUGUUAAUUUGAGACAUCUAGUAGCUGAUUUACAAAGUUCUACAGAAGAGAAAUUGUUAAUGGCUAAAAUGCAAAGAGAUUUAGAUGCAGCAAAACUGGAGCUUAGUCAUGUGAGAAAUGAGCGAGACUCUCUUAAGUUGCAGUUUGAAAAUACAGAACAGGAUAUAAUCAGUCGAAAUCAUAUGAUUGAGAAUUUAAACAAAAGCUUCCAAAUAGAACGCCAAAAUAGCAACGUUAAGAUCAAAUUUCUACAAAAAUCCUUAUGUUGUCUUAAAGAGAAAUAUGCCAAAUUUACACCAUUGGUCUUCCUAACCAAUUUUGUUUAUGCCUACAACAACUUCCUAAAGAAAUCGUCCAAUUUAAAUGACAAUAAUAUAAACAAAACUGAACUAUUAAAUGGUUAUAUAGAGGAAGUUAUUAAAGCAGCUUUAAAAGAAUAUAAUUUAGAAAUGGAAGAGAAUCAAAAAGUUAUUAAGCUGGUAAAAACUGAAACCCAGUGCAAACUCUUUGAAGAUCAAUUGCAACAGUCUGAAAAGAAAUGCCAUGAAUUAGAACACGAUCUACAUGCAAUAAAACUUAAAAUGGCUGCGGAGUCCGAACACUGGCACACAAUAGAGGCGUUAUUUGGUACAGAGAAAGCUCUAGAAGAGCCCAGUAAGCAAACUGAAAAUAAUGAUAAGCCAUUACAGCAAUUAACCAAAGACAUUGGCUGUAAUACAGAUAGUACUCCAAUACCAGCUGAAAGAAAUCUAUCAGCCAGCAAAUCACACAAAGUCUCCAAAGAAUUGGUGGAUAAAAACAUGUCUCCCAUACAAUCUCCCAAAAGGAAAACUCACAAAGAAUCAUCAACACAAACCGAAACGGAAUAUUUGGAAACAAAAGAGAGUACUCAAUCAGAUGUACAGCCCGAAGACGAACAAAACGAAAAUCCUUUGGAUCAACAACACAAGGAAACUACAGCAGAGUCUUGUAAGCAAACAGUAGAGGCUGAAAUCCAAACUGGUGUUGAUUUAAUUGAACAAGACUCAAAAGCUAUUCAAACUUUAGAGGAAGAGGGUAAAGAAAAAGGUGAUAGUGAGAAAAUUGUUAAAGAGAGUGAACUAAACGAAGCUUUGGAGAAACUGCAGAAAACGGAAGAGAGUCUAUCACAAGCCAAACAAGAAAUAGAGGACUUGAAACAAGAGCUAACAACUAAAUCGGAAAACCCGCCCACUCCCGAGCAACAGGAAAAGCCUACAAACCCACCAGAGCAACAAGCACAAACUUCUAGCUUGCAAUCAGAUGUAAUAGAGAAAACCAUAUUAUCCUUCCAUACACUCUUAACUGAAAAGGAUAAAUCCAUAGGAAAAAUGCAAGAUAUUUUGCAAACCGAAAGAGAACAAAAUCAUUUGAAUCUUAACAAAUUAAAUACCGAAAUGGAGGGUUUAAAAAGCACUAUUGUAAAUCUAAAUUUCAAUAUAAAAACUAAGGAUAUAGAAAUAUUAGAACUUAAAACGCAAUUGGAAACUCUUAGCGUAAGACGUAAUUCGAAUGAGAAAUUGGAAUUGGCCACACAUCUGGCUGCCGGAGGAGAAGAAAAUGUGGAUAAUAGCCUCAAUGAAAUGACAGAUGAAAAAAUCGAAGAAAUGUUUGAGGAGAAUACUACGACGCCAUUGGUAAAGGUAGCCACAAACAGUACAGGAGAAAAUUGUGCACAAGAGAAACAUGAAUUAGAGCAUAAUAAGGAUAUGCCCGAAAAUUUGAGCAAACAAUUGAAAGAGCUUAAAGAAAAGGCCAGUUAUUGGGAGAGUUCCUUUAAACUAAAAGAGGAAGAGAUACAGAUACUUAAAGAAAAAAUCAAAUUUUUGCAAGAUCGUGAGAAAUCUUCAAACAUGACUCACAAUCCAGAAAUGGAGCAAUUACGUUCCUUAUUAGAAGAGAAGGAUAAACACAUCAAUGAGUUAAUGGAUACCUUAAAUAACUUCCAUGACGAUCAACAACGUUUUAUCAAUGAUUCUUCAAAUUAUUCAGCCGAUCAAAUAGCCAAAUUGGCCAGUGAUCUGACACGUACCGAGGCCACCAAUAAAAUCUAUCAAGCUCAAGUUGAAGCUCUGCGCAAGCAAUUAACCAAUCUAACGCAACGUGAAAAACAAGCCAGAGAAUUAAGUCAAUCUUUGCGCAAUCAAUUAAUUAAACGACCCGUGGUCUCUAUUAAAACCGAGCUAAAUGCACGUGUUAAAAGUGAAAAUCUUCAAAAGAGAGUACAACAACUGGAAUUAGAUUUAGAGGAUGCCAAAAUCGAAAUACAAAAACAAAAAGUUAUAAUCGACAGUAAGAGAGCACGCAGUGCCAAUGAAGUGGGUUUAUGGGAGAAACAAAAAAGAUGGCAACAAAAUGCGGAGAAAUUUAAAGCCAAACUGGAGGAAACCGAGACAUUGUUGGAAAAAACUCGAAGUCUAUUGCAGUCGGCCAGAAACACCAUCAACCGUUUAGAGAAAGAUAAACAAAUUUUAGAGGCGAAAAUGGGCAGAAUCACUCAACAUAAUGUACAGCAUUCUAUGAAAUGUUGUCGAACACCCUCAUGUCCCAAUUUACACCGUCAGACAUCGAGUGUUGGUACAAAAUACACCCCCUCCGAAAGUCCCGAAACAUAUACCGGGGCUAGCAGUGAAUGUAGCUCACCCGGACGCAGCUCUUUACCACCCUGCAACAAGACACAUUUCACUAAUGUCACGAGUUCUUUACAAAAUUCCCAUGGUGACAUCAUCGAGGCUUUGAAAGCACGCAUUGAGAUGCAACAACGUAAAAUUUUGGCUUUAGAAUUGGAGGGCAAGGGCAGCAAUGCUUUAACUACCGAAAUGGAAAAGAUACAGGAAAAGCUUUCGUCCAUAGAAGCUCAAAAUAUUCGUUUAGAGGCGAAAAAUCUGCAGCUGCAAUUGGACAAUGAUCUGUUGAGACAAGGUGAUGGUACGGAACGUUUGCAGAAACGUAUUAAACAUUUGGAAGACUACAUAAUUGCUUUAAAAGAAGAAAUGGCUUCCGCAGAGGCUCGCAAAGAAUUAUGCAAAUGUACAGGUAUAAAACUAAACACACAAAUGGGUCAAUCGGCAGAAACGACCAUUUUAUCGCUAAGAAAUUUAGUGGAAAAAUUGAAAGCUGAAAAUAAAUAUUUAAAAGAUGGCAGAAGAUCAUGUGAAUCAAGAGCUUCCAGCGAAACUUCUACGCUUGAAACGGCCCGUUUACAACAAAUGUAUACCGAUUCACUGGACAAAAUCUCCGCUCUGCAAUUAAAACUACAAUCUAAAUGUCCGCACUGUGAGAAUAAAGGCAGAAUGCUGGCCAUGGACUCUCAGACACAAGAUGAAUUGAAAUAUGUUAAAGAACAACUUGUAAAAAAAUCACAAUUAUUGCAAAAAGCUAAAGUUUUAUUAACACGAGCCGCCGCCAAAGAAAAAGUGUUAAAAGAACAAUUAUCGAUGUGGAAGCGUAAAUGUUCAGAGUUACAAAAUGUGCCGGUUAUAGAUGAAAUUAGUGAAUAGUUUUAAUCUAUUUGAUGAGUUUGAAUUUUUUUCGUUUUUUUUUUCUUUUUAUUUUUUCUUUACUUAAAUUUGUUAAUUUAAUUCUUUUUUUUACUGCUUGAUGUUGGUUUAAAUUGUUUUAUUUAUGUUGUUGUUUUUCGUUUUAAUUAUUUUAUAAAUUCCUGUACUAUUUUUUAUGAAUUUAAUUCAUUUCAACUUCAUUGGCAUUAUAUUUUAAUUGUAGUGUUAUAGUAUUUGGUGUAGUCUGAUCGGACACCAUUAUUUGUUGACCAUCUUUGAGUCCUAACUCGCCCAAAGACUCUGUCAAAUUACAGCGCGUACGCUCUUCAAUACUUUUAACCGUAGACAUGUAUAAAGUUUUAUUUUUACCAUUAAUUAUUGUUGUAAUGCCUGAAAUAAAAUAAUACAAAAAAGUCA